AUGCAUGGACUUUUGCUUGCGGGGCUGUUGGCUCUCCCCUUGAAUGUGCUCGCUCACCCAACCGAGUCACAUAGCUCUGGUAUAAGCCGCAGGGCCAUUGACAUCACUUCAUACCGUCUUCCCCAAAUAUCCAAAUAUACCAAGAGCGAUUCCCUUACUGGACAGGACGGCCAGAGCUUCACUGCCUCUAGUGCCGAUGCCGACACCAGCUCUGGUGACUAUGUCUCCACUGCUACCAACUGGUUGAAGAAGACCCUUCCAAAUGCAUCCUACCGUCUCGUCAACGAUCACUACAUCGGUGAUAGCGGAAUUGGCCAUGUCCACUUCCGUCAGACUGCUCACGGGAUUGAUAUUGACAACACCGAUUUUAAUGUCAACAUCGGCCGUGACGGCAAGGUUUUCUCUUUUGGAAACUCUUUCUAUGAUGGAGAGAUUCCCAAGGCCAACCCAAUGGUCAAGCGUGACUUCUCGGACCCCGUGGAUGCUCUACACGGAGCAAUUCAGACUUUGAAUAUCCCCGUCACCGCUAAGCCCGAGAAUGUCAAGGCUAAGCCUGUCGAGGGUAAGGAGUCUUUUAAAUUUGAAGGCACUUCGGGAGCUCUCUCCGACCCCAAGGCCCAGCUUGUCUACCUGCAAAAGGACGGCGGUCUCGUUCUUAGCUGGAAGGUUGAGACUGACGUUGGUGACAACUGGCUACUCUCAUAUGUUGAUGCCAACGACAAGGGCAAGGUUCACUCUGUCGUUGACUACGUUUCAGCAGCUGCUUACGAAGUAUAUCCCUGGGGUAUCAAUGACCCUACUGAGGGAAAGCGAUCCACCAUCCACGUUCCAUGGUUCAAGACCCAGUCAGUAGACUGGCACAUUGACGGCAAGAACUGGUACCCAACCACUCGCGGUAACAACGCCAUUGCCCAGGAGAACCCCACCGGCCAGCGUGAAUACGAGAACAACUACCGUCCAAAGAGUCCCCUAUUCAUCUUCAAGUACCCAUAUAGUGAGGCCAUGAGCCCUCCAUCGUCAUACAGAGAUGCUUCCAUUACCCAGCUAUUCUAUACCACCAACGUUUUCCAUGAUGUACUCUAUAUCCUUGGCUUCAAUGAGAAGGCAGGAAACUUCCAGACCAACAACUGGAACAAGGGUGGUCUUGGAGGAGACUAUGCCAUCCUCAAUUCCCAGGACGGCUCUGGUGUAAACAAUGCCAACUUUGCUACUCCUCCAGAUGGCGAGCCAGGACGCAUGAGAAUGUACAACUGGAAUGCUUCCACUCCAGAGCGCGACGGCUGCUUCGAGGCUGGCAUUGUUAUCCACGAGUACACUCAUGGAGUCUCCAACCGACUUACUGGAGGUCCAGCGAACUCCCGCUGCUUGGCCGCUCUUGAAUCCGGCGGUAUGGGCGAGGGAUGGAGUGACUUCUUUGCUACUGCCAUCCGUCUAAAGAAUGGGGAUACCCGUGCUACUGACUAUACCAUGGGCGAGUGGGCAUCCAACCGACCAAAUGGUAUCCGCAAGUACCGCUACUCCACCAACCUCACUACUAACCCGCAUAUGUACGUUGAUGCCGAUGGCUUGACCUCCGUUCAUGCCAUUGGUACUAUCUGGGCUUCUAUGCUCUACGAAAUGCUCUGGAACUUGAUCGAUAAGCAUGGCAAAGGAGACGUUAGCAAGGUCAAGCCAACUCUGAAGAACGGCGUCCCAACUGACGGCCGUCACCUCGCCAUGAAGAUUGUCCUCGAUGGCAUGGCCCUACAACCAUGUCUCCCCAACUUUGUCCAAGCCCGUGAUGCCAUAAUCGAUGCUGAUAAGAACCUCACUGGUGGCUCCAACAAGUGUGAGAUCUGGAAGGCAUUCGCCAAGCGCGGUCUCGGUGUUGGCGCUGUCUACAACCCAUCCAAGCGAACCGGAAGCAACGAGCUUCCUGCUGGCUGUUGA